AUGAAAGAUGAAAUUGCUGCUGCGGUUUUCUUCGUCACCAAGCUGGUGAAGAGGGAGGGCAAGCUGAGCAAGGAGGAAAUAGAGAAAUUUGCAGCAAAGCUGACCACGAUCCUGUUCGAAAAGUACAAAAAUCACUGGUACCCAGACAACCCAUCCCGAGGGCAAGGCUUCAGUGAGAACCUGCACCAGCAGGUCCAAAAUGCUGAACAACCAACAGAGAUUUUUGGGGGUGCUGUGCACGAGCAGAACCCACAAAGCUGCAGAGAAAUCCCAACUCCAGGUGCCCUCUGCUGCUCCAGGUGCAUCAGGCUCAACAAACAGCAGGCACGGGAGCCCCUGCUGGAGCAGGCUUGUGUGGCCAGUGGGCUGGAGUCCAUCCUGCUGGGCUUGCCCAAGGAGGUGACCGUGUGGGUGGAUCCCUUCGAGGUGUCCUGCAGGUACGGGGAGAGGAACCAGCCCUUCACCGUGGCACGCUUUGAUGGGAAGGAGAACCCCGAGCUGCCCCAGCACGUCAGCCUUGCUGUGGCCAAGGCAGCCCUGGACUAUGACUCGGGAACCUCCUCGGACGAGGAAACCUUCAGCAAGGAGCCCAAAGCCAUCCCCACUGUCAGCAACCCCAACAGCAUCUACCAGGCUCCUCACCUGCCCUGGUGGCAGUUCCAGCACAGGAAGCUGCACCUGGCCGAGGGCUCCCACUUUGGCCAGCCCAGGGGCUACAGGAGCGGGGUCACGGUGGACAGGUACCACUGGAUCAACCCCAAGAAAUAG